AUGAUGAGGCGCAGAUACUUGGCGAUGCGGGUGACGGGCUCUUCAAGCGCCCUGCCUCUCGAUAUUGAAUGGGACUUGUCUCUUCACCCCCAGACCCUCCUCGCCCUCUCUCGGUACUUUGCUGGAUCGAAUUUACUCAACACCAAGAGCGGACAGGCUGUUGUGGUUAACACCGUGGAGGGUUAUGCCCGGACGCGUUGGCUUGAUGUACAUUGCGAGAGUUUCGGGUCCAACAAGGGCAAAGCGACGAUGACAUCGCUAUCGGAAUUGAAGCACAAGGAUCGGUACAAGGGCGUCCGGCCGAUUACGAUGGGAGCGUACGAUGGACAGCGAUUGGUGAUUGGGACUGCUGUUGCGGAUCUCCUGAGUGUCGUAGUGGGGGAGAGGAUCAACCAGGAGGAUGAUCUCGAGAAUUGGUGUGUCGACAGGAUCGGGAUUGUUUAUCAGUUGCGGCAGCUGAAGACAAAGUUCCAAGAGCCAUCAACUUACCUGUUCAGCCGCGCGUCGGAACCUCUGACGAAUAUGCACCCGUGCAUGCCAUACACUACCUACACCGUCUUUGUCAGGAUUGAAGUCGAAUGA